CAAUAUAUUAUAUUAUUUAUAUAGAAACAUAAUACAACAAUGUCCAAAUUCGUUAAAUUAUUAAAGGAACUCGUCACUCCAUCACAUUCAAUGGAAUUCUUCCAUAAACCAGCCAGAGAUUCAUUCAUUGAUCUUUCUGAAAUGAAUUAUGUUAGAAGAAAUUUAAAGAGAGACGAUUUUGGUCAUGAAGUUUUAACUGGUCCAUUUGGUACCUUAAAAACCCCAGUUAUUGUUGAAUCAAUUUAUAACAGCAGAAUUAUUGCCUGUGAAGGUGGUGAUGGUGAAGAACACGAUGUUCUCUUCCACAACCUUGGUCAAAAGAAACCAACCAUCUGUUUAGAAUGCGGUCAAGUUUUCAAAUUAAAACACAUCAGUUCAGAAGGCGAAGUUAUGUUCUUCUAAAUUUAGGGUUAAUAAUUAUAUAAAUAAUAGCAGUAAUAAUAAAAACAAUAGCAAUAAUAAAAAUAAACUUGAUACAAUAAAAUUAUAUAUAAAUAAAAAAAAAAUUUAUAAAAAAAUAUAU